UCGUGUUUCCCGUUUUGUUCGUUUUAUUUGUUUUGAUCGACACAAUUCGAUCAGCUGUGAAAGUUACGAAUGAAUUUUUUUUUGAUUGCCGAGUUUUGUGAAAUUUAUAUCGUUGUCGUAGUUUAAUGAGUCCGGAACAAUAGUAAAUCGAAAUGAAAUGUUUCAUAUCUUCCUGUGCUAGUGAUUUUCCCAAAGAUAAAUACGUGGAUGGUACAGAAAAUGAGUCGCUUUCCCUACACCGAUUCCCCAAGGAACUGGAACGACGUAUUGCUUGGUUGCAGUCAAUAGCGAAUGCUGAGAAUAAGGCUUAUGUUGUCGAUGAAAUUAAUUUAAAUGCGCAUCGGGUAUGCUCGAAACACUUCCUCGAUGCGGAUUUUUAUGUUUUGCAUAAAAAAAGGCAGCUAAAAAAAACUGCGAUACCGGUUGUUUUUGGAAGUAAUCAGGCUAGAGACGGAGAUUUUGGAACCGAACUUCUAAGCUGUGACGAAAUUCGUGUACCGGAUGUCAAAGUGACUCCUAACGUUGGAGAGUCGAGCGAGGAUAAAAAAUUGAAACGUAAAAGGACCUUGAGAUAUGCCGGUGAUAUUAAAAAUAAAGAAAUAACACCUGAAGAAGCUAUUAUAAUUUUGCCCAAAGUACAAUCAAAGCUUUUACAAUCUAGAAGAGCAAUCAAAUUAUUGAGGAACGAAAACAAACGUAUGAGAAAUAAAUUGAACAGUAUGCAGGAACAUUUAAACAAUAUCGCAUCGAAGAGCUUCCUAUCCGAUGAAAGCAAUUUUGCUUCACAGCAAUAUUCAUCCAAUCAGGAUGUAUUCGAGGAAUUGCACUCGCGAACGAAAAGUCACCCUUGUAGUGAAAGCAUGCGGAACUUCGCGACCACACUUCAUUUUCAUUCCCCCAAGGCCUAUUCAUACAUGCGUAGCGUAUUUAAUGACACACUACCACAUCCUCGAACUCUAGUUAGAUGGUACAAAAGCCUUGACGGGAAGCCAGGAAUUAAGAAAGAAACCUUAGACGUGACGGCGGAUCAGGUGAAAACAGCAGUAGAGGAAACAGCAUAUCGGAAUUCGGAAUAGGAAGUGCAAAAAGGAAUUAACACGCUAGAAUACUUUACGAUAAGUUUAUUGAAAAGAAACGACGAUUAGAAUAAAACGCGUUCACACGCGGCGAUGAAAA